UUCUCGCCGUCCGUCGUCGCUCGCAAAAAAAAAAAAGGGGCUGUACCACCACAGCACAGGGGAAAAGGAAAAAACCAAACAAUUCAUGACAGGAUGAACAACAGUUUCCUAAACAUGGCGUCGAUAGGCGACUUCGACCCGCUCAACGCGUCUAUUCCGGCCACCAAAGUUGAAAUCACAGUGUCCUGCAGAAACCUGCUGGACAGGGACACCUUCUCCAAAUCAGACCCAAUUUGUGUUCUCUACACACAAGGCAUGGGCAACAAGGAGUGGAGAGAGUUUGGGAGAACAGAGGUGAUUGACAACACACUAAACCCAGACUUUGUGCGGAAAUUCAUUUUGGACUACUUCUUUGAAGAACGGCAGAACCUCCGAUUUGAUUUGUAUGAUGUUGACUCGAAGAGUGCCAACCUGUCAAAACACGAUUUUCUGGGCCAGGCCUACUUUACUCUGGGCGAGGUGGUUGGAUCGUUGGGCAGUCGCUCGGAAAAAGCUCUUGGAGGCAUUCAAGGGAAGAAAUGCGGGACCAUUAUCGUGAAAGCCGAGGAGCUGAACAACUGCAGGGAAUCCGUGAUGAUGCAGUUCUGCGGGAACAAGUUGGACAAAAAGGAUUUCUUUGGCAAAUCCGACCCCUUCCUCGUCUUUUACAGGAGCAAUGAGGACGGCACGUUUACCAUCUGCCACAAGACAGAGGUGGUGAAGAAUACAUUGAACCCAGUGUGGCAGGCCUUUAAGAUCCCCGUUCGGGCUCUUUGCAAUGGUGAUUAUGACAGAACAAUCAAGGUCGAGGUGUACGACUGGGACAGAGACGGCAGUCAUGACUUUAUUGGAGAGUUCAGCACAAGCUACAGAGAACUAUCCAGAGGGCAGAGCCAGUUCAACGUUUAUGAGGUGGUAAAUCCAAAGAAGAAAGGAAAGAAGAAAAAAUACCUCAACUCUGGAACGGUCACGCUGCUGUCAUUCCUGGUGGACAUUGAAGUCACCUUCCUGGACUACAUCAAAGGAGGGACCCAGAUUAACUUUACCGUGGCCAAUUGAAUUUCAACAGCUUCCCAAAUGGU